AAGCUGAAAGUAGGAUGUCAUUGUGUGUUUCCACACAAGCCAUUCCAUCCCAAACCCUCUGUUUCUUUUUCCUUUCCCAAAUGGCCACACUUGUUUUCUCCCACUCCUUCCUCCUCUUCUUUUUCCUCAUCGGAACCUCCGCCGUUGACGGCGCGUACUGGUGCGUGGCCCGUAGCGACGCCAGCUACGAAGCCCUCCAAGCCGCCCUCGACUACGCCUGCGCCACCGGCGCCGACUGUAAUCCCAUUCUGUUGAACGGACUCUGUUUCCUCCCCAACACCAUCCAAGCCCACGCCUCCUACGCCUUCAACAGCUUCUUCCAGCGCAAGGCUAUGGCUCCCGGCUCCUGUGACUUCGCCGGCUCCGCCACCAUCGCCCAGAGCGACCCAAGUUAUGGAUCUUGUGUUUAUCCAUCUUCCACGAGUGCUGCAGGAGGAGCAAUCACACCGAGCCCUCCCACAAACACAAGCCCGACAAUAACGGUGCCAGCUACAACCACACCAAGCUUCAACAAUGGUGGUACCAGUGACACGAAUGGACUAAAUCCAGUAUACAAUCCGACAUCAACCUCGUCUCCAACCAACUCGAGAGCGUCUUCGAGUUUUACGGUCCCGAAACUCUUAGUCUUAGUCUUGUUUUCAAUUGCUAUCUCACUCCCUUCAUAAACAAUGUAGGAGGGCUAUAGAUGGGGUGGGAAUGUGCAGAGGGUUUAUUCAGUUUUGUUAGAAAUGGUGAGGCUUCCAAAGGUUUGAUCAAAUGUAGUUUUUAUUUGGAUGUUUUAAAACCUUUUUUUUUUUUUUUGGUGAAAACUAAAUGACAUAGGUAAAAUCAGGUAGGUUUAGUUAAGGUUUCACAAGUCUCCCACUUUCUUUAGGGGAUUUACCCAUUCAAUUCAAUGGUUUAAUUUGAUUCUUGUACUUGACUAUGUACAUGACUAACUUCUAGUUUUGAAGGUUCAACUAUUGAGUUCAAUUUCUCCA